ACCGUUUUGUUUUCUUGUUCUGCACUCGCCGACUUCAUUUCGAUUUCGUCUUUGUACUCGUCGACUUGUGUGUGAAUUUGACUGCGUUUUUUCCUUUUUUAAUUUUCAAAAUUUUAUUUCAUCGAAUUGAAAAUGCGUGAAAUAAUCUCAAUUUAUGUUGGACAAGCCGGAGCCCAAAUGGGCACAUCCAGCUGGGAAUUGUUCUGUCUCGAACACGGAAUCAAUAUGGACGGCAGUCUACAAGACCAACCAGUGAUCGACGAAAAUACGUCCACAUUCUUCAUGGAAACAUCUGCCGGUAGAUAUGUCCCGAACAGUGUUUUCGUUGACUUGGAACCAUCGGUGAUUGAUGGGAUAAGACAUGGUCCAUUAAGGACACUGUUUCGUCCGUACACGCUAUUGAGUGGAAAAGAGGAUGCUGCGAACAAUUAUGCGCGUGGCCAUUACACCAUCGGCAAAGAGAUGAUCGAUAAUGUUUUAGAGCAAGUGCACAAAAUGGCCGAACAGUGCAAAGGCUUACAGGGCUUCUUGAUUUACCAUUCGUAUGGUGGAGGUACUGGUUCCGGUUUCACAACGCUAUUGAUGGAACGCUUAGCAAUGGAAUUUCCGAAGAAGAGUAAACUGGAAUUUUGCAUUUACCCGUCGCCCAGAGUAUCAACAGCCGUUGUGGAGCCAUACAAUUCGGUGUUGACGGCCCAUGGGACACUAGAACAUUCAGAUGUGGCAUUCAUGUUCGAUAACGAGGCAAUAUUCGAUAUUUGUAAAACGAAAAUCGGCAUCGAUCAACCCGGCUACGAGAACUUAAAUCGCAUCAUUGCUCAGGUUGUAUCAUCGACCACUGCUUCACUUCGGUUUUCCGGUUGCAUGAAUGUCGAUCUCAACGAAUUCCAAACGAAUUUGGUUCCGUAUCCACGCGUCCACUUUCCGGUAGUGUCAUACGCACCGUUGCACAGCUUACAAAAGGCGUUACACGAACAAACAUCGGUCGUCGAAAUUUCGAAUGCCUGUUUCGAUCGUUCCAAUUUGAUGGUCAAAUGUGAUCCAGCCAGAGGCAAGUACAUGGCCUGUUGCAUGUUAUAUCGCGGCGAUGUUGUGCCCAAAGACGUGAAUGCAGUGAUUGCUAGUCUGAAGUCGAAGCGACACAUUUCAUUUGUGGAUUGGUGUCCGACCGGCUUCAAAAUUGGCAUCAAUGACAAACGGGUGAGAGCGAUUCCGGGCACCGAACUAGCUGAAAGUUCUCGUGCGGUUUGUAUGUUGGCGAACACAACGGCUGUGGUGGAGGCAUUCAGUCGACUGAACGAAAAGUUCGAUCUGAUGUUUCGAAAGCGGGCUUUCGUUCACUGGUACGUUGGAGAAGGAAUGGAGGAAGGUGAAUUCGGAGAAGCGCGUGAAGAUAUGGCCGUGUUGGAGAAGGAUUACGAAGAAAUCGGAGGCGACACACCGACUGAUGACUAUUAUGAAGAAGUGGAAGAGUUCUAAACAAUGACUGUAGUUGGGAUAGGAUGAGCUAGUAGUUUUAUAAUAAUUUUUUGUGUGAAUUUUUGUCAUUUUUCCAGUUGUUAUUUUCUUGAAGAAAUUUGAAUUUUUGAUCAUUGCAAAUAAACUUUCA